UCUAGGGGUAUUGAUGAUCUCACGUAGCGGAUCCGGCAUAACGGGCAACUAGCUGACUGUGACAGUGAGUGGCUCAACUAGCUGGCACAAGACUCCCAUUCCUGUUGGACGCUUGACCCACCGACCUCCCGAGCAAACUGUUACCAUGUCGGGGACAUCGGUCAUGGUCAAGUUCGUGGAUACUGACGCGUCCGGGUUACCUCUCAAGAGAAAACAGGUCGCCCAAGCCUGCACAGCAUGUCGGAAGCGCAAGAAACGUUGUGUUCAUGAGGCCAAUAUCAGCCCCGUGGAUAAUGAGGCAUCGUACAAUGCGGUAUCUCCGACCAGACCUAGUCGUAAUAUCUCACAGCCUAGAGAGACUCCCCAAGUUUCUCCAAGCGAGACACGGUCUCAACACUCUCUGACAUCCCAAUCUGAGAGCCGAAAAACGUCUCGCUUCGUUGGUGAUCUGAAUCCAGAGCAUCUCUUCAUCGAGGCCACUAGCCCGCAUUCUAAUCGAGACCUCUCAGUUCGGGGUGGCGUAGGUGUCUGGUCUCGGAAUUCUCAUGAUGCAAGGCCUAUGCCUACAUCAGCACCUUCCCGUGUGGGGCCAUCGCAAACCAUGCAAAACCUUCUGAUCCGUUAUGUCCACAGCCAUUGCCAGUCAUUUCUACCUCCCGUGCAGGAUUGGUUUGCCUUGAGGAGUAUCUAUCUCGCGAAAGCAGAUCCUCUGUUUCCUGUUCUCAGCCCUGUCCUGAACGAUGAAAACGACCUUUCCACGUCGACCACACUUAUCAAGCAAGUCAUUUGUCUUGCCGCUGCAACAAACCCGCAAGCUACACCACACCUUCGCCUCCUACCAAGCGGGAUCUUGCUCAACAGAGCUGACUACACUGCAACCCUAUCUACAGCGAUACAUACUACAGUUGAAUCCGGCCUAAUCGCGGACCGCGUGCUGCUUAUUCGCGUUCUAUUGCUAUACUCAAUGUACAUACAGCCGACUUGUCCUGAGGAGGCAGACAUGCCGAGUGCGAUAUUCGCCAAGGCAACGCAUCAAUUCACAACCCUGGGUCUCCAUCUUCCGAUGUUAGAGAGCGAGCCCGAGCAAGAACAGAUCCGGUCACUGUUUCUAUGCACAUGGGCACUAGAUCGCCUGAAUUCUGCCUUCUAUGGUAGAGCUUGUAUCAUUCACGAGCGAGAUAUCGGAUGGGACUUCGAUGAGUGCAUUAGGAAACAGGAGCCACCGUUCCGCUUAUUUCUCUCGGUUAUCAAACUUCUAGACGAUGUUAUUAGUAUAUAUCGCCCGACACAGAAGCUGGACGAGGAACCUCUGUAUAUAGACAUGCCUAUUCUCGAACAACUUAUUGUCGACUGUGAGGCUAUCCAGGUUUCAGACACUCUGCUUGCUACGGUAGAGGUCUUCUAUCAUGCAGUCGCAAUACUAUCAUGUCGAUUCCCUCAAGAAGGGGCUAAAUCAGCCCUUCCCUCACGAGCAAACAACAGUCGGCGAUCACUUUCGGCAGACCGCAUCACAGAACUUGUGCGCGACGAGAUGGGAGACCGGCUGUCCUACAUGCCCGUAAUUCCCUAUGCAGUCUCGCUUUCCCUCAGCGUCAUGUACCGCAAAAUGCGUUAUAGUCAGAUUCCCAUGUUUAGGGAGCGAGGUUUGCGCUCAUUUGAUACUAACACAAAACUUCUGAAGAAACUUAGCGAGACAUUCUGGUGUGCGAAGACGAUGAGCGGAAUGGCGGAGCAGGUCUUGCAGGAGAUGGGCAAGGCGGCCGCCACCAAAGCGCAAGAAUCAGGCUCGGGGGAGAACAGCGUGCGAGAGGGCAGUGACCCGCGGCCAGCCCAACCUUUGCACGCCUUCAGUACGGUGCAUCAAGGACCACCCAUGAGUACGUUGGCACCGCACGAAACAAGCAUGACCAUGGGGGAGAUGGUGCCUGAGAUCGAUGUCUGGGGCCAUAUGGAUCCGAACUUCAACAUCGGCGCAAUCGACGCGGUCCUCCAAAGUAAUCUCGACUUUGGAAACUCGGCCAACUGGUUUGAUUGGCAACAGAAUUGGGGAUUCGUGGAGUGAGGCAAUGAGAAAGAUCGAAAGGAACAUGCACAGAAACACGGGCGCACGGAACAGGAAUGAAGGCAAAUGAAAAUCAGCAGAAUGAUACCCUUCCAACCAUCUUUUAUAGAUCAGGAUUGUUUAACAUAUCCCUUACCUCGCGAUUUCUUGCGCUUAUUGUCGUGAGUAUGGAAGAAUGGUUUCGAACUUCCACUUAGGUGUAUCAGAAUUUGCACAUUCCUGGUCUCAGUAGCUGAGGAGCCACAGUGCACCUUUGAGAUACACUUGGAUGAACAGAGUCAUCCAGAAUUCAUAUUAAUUGGAACUUUAUUUAAACCCCAAGAUAAAAAUAAAAUAACUUUCUUCCC